UGUCUCCGCCGCUGUAUAUAGGACAGAGUGAGCACUUGCGGCUUCCCUGCCAAGCGGACAGAGAGGACACAGCGGGCAGUAGCGACCCCCCUCUCCCCACCGGCCCCGCCGCCGCUACUGUGAUCGCACCGUGCCAGCAUGUCUCAGGCUCAAGCCUUCGUGACGCUAGCAACUAAUGACCUGUACGCAAAAGGAGCCUUGGUGCUUGGAACCUCAUUGCGGGAUCACAAAACAACACGAAAUCUGGUGAUUCUUAUCACUCCCCAAGUGUCCAACAAUAUGAGAUGUGCGUUGGAAAGGAUAUUUGAUGAGGUUCUUUUAGUGGACGUGCUAGACAGCAAGGAUUCUGCGCAUCUCGCCAUGAUCAAGAGGCCUGAACUAGGCGUAACCUUCACAAAGCUGCAUUGCUGGGCUCUCACCCAGUACUCCAAAUGUAUAUUUAUGGACGCAGACACACUGGUAUUAUGCAACAUUGACGAGCUGUUUGAGAGGGAGGAAUUGUCUGCAGCUCCAGAUCCAGGCUGGCCAGAUUGCUUCAACACUGGAGUGUUUGUUUAUCGCCCUUCCGUGGAAACCUACCACGAACUUCUACGGUCGUCCACAGAAAAUGGCAGCUUUGACGGUGGGGACCAGGGUUUACUGAACAGCUUCUUCAGUAGCUGGCCAACAGCGGACAUCAAUAAGCACCUUCCCUUCAUUUACAAUCUGAGCAGUGUCGCCAUUUAUUCCUACCUUCCUGCAUUCAAACAAUAUGGUGCAGAUGCCAAAGUGGUCCACUUCCUUGGUAACAUCAAACCGUGGAACUGCUCUUAUGACACGAAGACAAAAUGUGUGACGAGAACCGUUCACGACUCUGCUCCAGUUGUUCACUCGGAAUUCGUCAGCAUGUGGUGGGACAUCUACUCCACAUCUAUUCUGCCGAUGCUUAUGGAACAUGGUAUCUCAAAGAGCAUCAGUCCUGUCAAACAGGAGGAGGAGAAGUUGAGCGAAGCCGUCUCCCAACUUUCUGUCAGUCCGCCUGUCCCAACUGCCCCAAUGAUCUCCUCGGAAGAGCGGCGGAGAAAUUGGGAACAGGGCCAAGCUGAUUUCAUGGGAGUGGAUUCUUUCCAGAACAUCCAGAAGAAGCUGGAUACGUACUUGAAUUAAACUGCUCGAAUGAACACCACCGGCUGUGUCUGACCAGCAAGAACUGAAUUGAGAAGGUCUUCAGCGUCUAGGCUGGAGUCCAGUGCAUGGUUGGUUUGUACUUGGCCUGUUAGUAACAUGGUUUGAGAUGGGUUGUCUUGCUCUGGUUUGGUCACUUGCAGGCUGCGGAAUUGUAGCGAGAAUGUGACAAAAGCCCCGAGAAGAUCAAGUUUUAAAUUCCUGAAGCAAAUCACCUCCCAAUGUCUAAAUCCUCAGCGCAUCACAACACUGCCUCCUGCUGAAAUAUUCCUCCUGAACAAUACUGCUGUUUGCUUGACUUAGUAAGACACACUUAAUGAUAAACUUCUGCACUCUUAUAGACACAGGAUUUGACAGUUCCGCCAGUAUUUUACUGUUUGAAUUAGCUGCCCUGUUGCAUGAAGGAAUUUAAUUAUAUCCCUUCCCCAUCAGCUUUUCCGUGGAAGUACUGUGUCCCAUUGUUCAAACGACAAAACCAAUUGUAUCUUUUGAGUCUUAAUGAUAUAAAGAAACCUAGAGGUGAGCUUUCUGUGCAUACACAGUACACAGUGUACCCUACAAAUUUAACAAGGAACCGAAGACUACCCCAACCUUUUAUGACAUUUGUGCUGUGAUUAUACUACUGACCAUCAAUCCUGAAGUGUAACGUCGCACUUUAACCACCAAAUAAGCUUAUGGUUUGAAAAUGUUUUCCAAUAAAAGUAUCUUUACCCCUG